AUGGAACUGGGGGAACUAGAAAAGGAUGCUGGAGCAGCUGAGGAAUUCUCCACCUUUCAUUGCGAUCCCAAGCACGACACCUUUUCAAAAGAUCCAGAAGCCAAGGAUUUUAAUCUGCUUCAUCCCAUUGUUCAGUUGCUCCAGUCCAACUCAAUCAUGAGCGUUGAGUUUGAAAACAUACAGCAUGAGAACUACGAAGGGGCAGAAAGGGAAUUACAGAGAACUAGUUAUGGGAGAGCAAAUAUGGCGUAA